AUGACGCCCGUGAGGAAAAGAAAUACGGCUACUAAGAAACAGUCCAACUCGGAUUCAACUGUGUUUGGCGGCGACGACAAGAACAGCAACUACAAAAAUAACAACAUUAACAACAACAACAACAAAGUCAAUGACGAAUUUGAUGACAAUAACGGUAAACUCAAAAGUGGGGUGGGCCUCGAUAAAGAUCCAGAACAAAAAUACUGGUUGGCGCUAGUGUUUGUUACAAUCUUGGCUAUCUAUACCAGAUUCACGAAAUUGGGAACACCAAACAAAGUUGUCUUUGAUGAAGUGCAUUUUGGAAAAUUUGCAUCUUACUAUUUAGAAAGAACGUAUUUUUUUGACUUGCAUCCACCAUUCGCUAAACUCUUGAUUGCAUUUGUUGGCUGGCUUGUGGGUUACAAUGGUAAAUUUAAAUUUGACGCUAUUGGGGAUUCAUACAUUGAAAACAAUGUGCCAUACAUUGCCUACCGGAGCCUUCUGGCUAUUCAAGGAACUGCGAUUAUCCCAGUUAUGUUCUUGACGAUGAAGACUUUGGGGUUCAAUGUGGCGGCAUGCUUACUCUCGAGCAUUAUCGUUUGUUUUGAUAACGCACAAGUUGCAGACAGUCGUUUGAUUCUCUUGGAUGCUACAUUGAUUUUGAGUGUCGCAGCUACAAUAUUUUGCUAUAGCGAAUUUUCAAUUUACAGAAAACAACCUUUUACCCAAAAAUGGUGGAAAUGGUUAAUAUCUACUGGUGUGUCACUUUCAUGUGUCAUUUCUACGAAAUAUGUUGGUGUGUUCACAUUCUUCACCAUAGGAAUUGCAGUUCUUCACGAGUUGUGGUUUUUGCUUGAUUACAGGAAGGGCUUAACACUUCAACAGUUUGGUAAGCAUUUUUUUGCUAGACUAUGGGCAUUGAUCAUUUUGCCAUUUACCAUAUAUUUAUUCUGGUUCUAUUUGCAUUUUGCCAUUUUGACCAAAUCAGGACCCGGUGAUGCAUUUAUGUCCGCUGAGUUCCAAGAGACCUUGUUAGAAUCACCUUUGGCGCAACAUUCUAAAGACGUUCAAUAUUAUGAUGAAAUUACGAUCAAGCACAAGGAUACCGGUGCAUUUUUGCACUCGCAUUUACACGAUUAUCCUUUGCGUUACGAAGAUGGUAGAAUAUCUUCCAACCUGCAGCAAGUCACCUGUGUUAUUGAAGAUGAUGCCAAAAAUGACGAAAAUAAUGUUUGGCAGAUUGUUCCAGUGAUUGCAGAAGACGAUGGCAAAAAGGGUAAAUCUGUUUUCACUAACGAUGUGGUUAGAUUCAAGCACAAGGGUACAGGUGGUUUUCUUUUAACUCAUGAUGUUGCUUCGCCAUUGAAAGCAACAAAUGAAGAGUUUACAGUCGUUUACAAUGAGACUGCUUCCAACAGAUACAAUGAGACAUUGUUUAGGUUGAGAUUAAAUGUUCCAGGUUCCAAUCCAAAGAAACAAAAUCAAAGAAAAAAGGUAUCAACUAUGGCAACGGAAUUGAGAAUAUUGCAUAUGGACACGGUUGUGGCUAUGUGGACCCAUGACGACGAACUCUUACCAGAAUGGGCAUUUCAACAACAAGAGGUAAGUGGUAACAAAAAAAUCCAGGACAAAGAUAAUAUCUGGACAUUCGAUUCGAUCACCAACUUGGCAGAACACGAUUCAAGAAGCAAGUAUAUUCCUAAAAAGAUUAAGAAGAUACCAUUUUUGAAAAAAUGGUGGGAAUUGCAAGGCUUAAUGUUCCACCACAACAACCAGUUGAGUUCGUCACACCCAUUUGCAUCUCAACCUGACGCAUGGCCACUUGCUUUGAGUGGUGUUUCUUUUUAUAACAACAACGAGGAGAAGAAGCAAAUUUUUUUCCAUGGUAAUGUUAUUGGGUUCUGGCUUGAAGUGUGUUUCUUGUCAGUCUAUGUCGGUAUCCUCUUGGCAGAUCAAAUCACUCUUCGUCGUAAUUACCAUUUGUUGAAUGAUAAAGCAAGAUCAAGAUUGUACAACACCUUGGGAUUCUUGUUUAUAGGAUGGGCUGCUCACUAUUUACCCUUUUUCUUGAUGAAUCGUCAAAAGUUUUUACACCAUUAUUUACCAGCACAUCUCAUUGCUGCAUUGUUCACUGGUGGAUUGGUUGAGUUUAUUUGCACAAACAACUCCAACGAUUUUAACAGAUCCAGUCCACAAUCGAAGAAAAUCAAGAUGACCGUGUUAGUUAGUUUGGCUUCCAUUGGUAUAAUUUGGUUCUUUUUUUAUUUCAGACCAAUUACUUAUGGUGAUGUUUCUUUGACUCCUGCAGAAGUUCAAAAGAGACAAUGGUUGGACAUCAAAUUGCAUUAUGCCAAAUAG